AUGGUGGUGAAGAGUCAACCACGGGAAGGGGAAAUGGUUAAUCUGCCGCUGAAGGACUUCGCCAAGGCUACACGCCGUAUGGUUGAGCUGAGCGGCGUGAAGAAGUCGCGUUUGAUGUUGCGUGUGCGGCCUUCGAGCGGACGCAAGACGUUUGUUUUGAAGUCCACCGAUGGUCGCACAACCCUCACAACACGUGUGAAAAAUCAGGGGGAGCUCAAAAUUGUGGAGGAAAUCGUCCAUGACUUCGUCUCCCGCUGCACCGUCUCCCUCACAGCCCCACCGCCUUCAGCGGCCACCGGAGGAGGAGGAGGAGGAACGGGGGUUCCUAACAUAAAUGCCGCAUCUCCACGGCAGAAGUCCUCUGGAAAGGAAACUGAUGGUACGGUCCCUGCUGGUGGCAACAAAUCUGGAGGGAAGUCGGCAGAAAGUGGUGGUGGUAAAGGCAAUACCUCGCAGAAGCAGCAGCAGCAGCAGCAGCAUGGUGGCGGCAAUAAAAAGCGUAAGGGUGGCCGUCGAUAG